AUGCAUUCCGCCAGCGUCCAAGUCACCAUCGCUUUGCUCCCAGCCUUGGGAGCGGCGACCCGCUUCCUGGCUGGUGGUGCUGACCAGGCCGCCAUGCUGUACAGCGCCGGCUCCGGCCAGAACGAGCAGUCUGCGAACCCCGACUACCACCACAACGCGGGCAACGCCAACGGAGUCAACGACUGCGGUGUCUCUUCUUUCGUCGGGCUUUCACUCCCCAGCACCAGCCAGGCUGACGUGAACGACUGCUAUGCUAUGCUGCAGAAGAUCCAGCAGGACGAAGAAUGGACCUUGAGCCAGGAAGGUGUUGUCGCUAUCAACGGCCAAGACAACCCCAAUGUCAGCCCAAUCAUCGUCCAAGAAGGCUCUUGUAAGUCGCAUACCUACCAAUUUGAGACGUACGCCAUAAGCUAACACCUCGUCUAGGUACCUUCAGCGCCGUCGUGUCUCGUGAUGGCCAAAACGACAACCUCCGUGCAGCUUUGGGUAACGCUGAUGUGAUUGACCUCGUGUCCGAUUCCAUCAAAAAGUACGCUGUCAACGGAAAGGUCGGCUGCCAAGGAGGCUUCAAUCAGUACUCGGUCGCCUCUGCUGGUGCCAUGCCUUGCGACAAUCCCAAUUACCGUCAAGGUGAUCAAGUCAACGUCGAUUGGACUCUCGCGGCCUCUGCCCCAGAUGCCCAGGAGUUGAACAACGCCGACGUUGGUAGCUUCCCGGGCCAGCUUUCUGGUGGCGGCAGCUACUAG